UGUAUGAUGAGACUGGUUGUUUUCGGAGCUACUGGGCCUACUGGUCAAUAUGUUGUAAAGCAGGCACUGGCGAGAGGUCAUUACGUGCAUGCUUUGGUCAGGAGCCCGGGUAAUCUAACGACCGAUGAUACACACCUAACAAAAUCUAGGGUAAAUAUAUUCAAACCAGAGGAAAUACAUUCUCAUUUAAGCGGAAGUGACGCAUUAAUAUCAUGUCUAGGAACCAGAAAGCUUGCAUUGUUCGACAGGUCAAAGGUCACAUUAUACACGGAAUCUCUACAGAGCAUCGUUGAGGCUAUGCGCAUGUCCAGGACGAAAAGACUCAUCUGUCUGUCAUCAUGGGGAACAAUGAGACCACUGUCCUUGCAGAGGACCAUGGGGAUAUUUCCGAUCGGUAAACUGCUGGAUAACAUGUUGGAAAUGGAGGAAUAUCUGGACAAGCAUUGCUCCCACAUACACUAUACCGUAGUAAAACCUGCCGGGCUUCUGCAGAGGGAGGCUUCCGAGCUGCCGUUAUUGACGUCAGACCAGGAACGUGUGCCCGGUUGCAAGAUGACGAUAGCCCGAGGUGACGUGGCCAGGUUUGUCCUUCAGUGUGUGGAACAGGGCACAUGGAUAAACUCGCGUGUUGCCAUUGGAGUUAGAAAAUAAAAAUAAACAGUGUCUGUCAUGGUGGACACUACGUAUUAUAUAUUUAUUUAAAGAACAACAAAUUAAUAAAUAUCAAUAAUGACAUAUAAGUUUGUCGUUUUUUCCUAGUCAUUCUGUUGUUGAAAUAACUUAUUUUAAUAUAAACUUUAAAGUUACCAUUAACCAGUCAUAAAGCAUAA